AUGAGCAGCGCGGCGAGCAAGAAAGCGGAUCGCCUGGAGAGGAAGCUGCAAGUCCAGCUGAGGGCGUGCCAGAAGGAGCCCGGCAACAAGCGCUGCGCCGAUUGCACAGAGAGACUGCCGCAAUGGAUCAUCUCCGACUUCAACACCUUCGUGUGCACGGCCUGUAGCGGCAUCCACCGCGAGUUCUCCCACCGCGUCAAGUCCAUCUCCCUCGCCACUUUCUCCGAGGAGGAGGUGGCCGCCGUCAAGGCCGGCGGCAACGAGACGAGCAACAAGCUCUACAUGGCCAGGUACAGGCCAGGGCACGACCUCCCCGAGCCGGAGGGCGGGCGCGCCGCGAAGCACCGCGAGUUCAUCCGCACCAAGUACGUGGACAAGCGGUGGUACGGCACUCCGGAAGACCUCGCAAACGACCGGCAGCGCGAGGCCGAGCGAGAAGAGUCCAGGGCCAAGCGGGACGCGGAGCGCGGCAGCAGUAGUAGCGGCAACAGUAGCAGCAAGAGACAGCAGCCGCGCGCCGCCCCUGCCGCUCGGCCGCGGAAGGCGAGCGGGGACCGAGGGCUGCGAAAAGUGGAGCCGGCAGCGGCAGCGGUUAAGGCCCCUCCGGUUCCUGCGAAGCAGGAGGGGCGGCAGGAAACGUGCCGCCGCCGACGGCUGCCAUGCCGUCGCCGGCCGGGGGGGCGGCCGCUUCCCCGUCCCCAAGUGGUUGGCCGUCGCAGGGACAGCAGGGUCAACAGCAGCAGCAGCAGCAGCAGGGUUUCGCACAGAUGA